AUGCAUAUCCGGGACAUGCUCGAGGAGGCCAAGAGGACUCAUCAGCCCUCUUUCUCCUUCGAGUACUUCCCUCCUAAGACCGCUCAGGGUGUCCAGAACUUGUACGACCGUAUGGAGCGCAUGUUCAUGCUCGGCCCCAAGUUCGUCGACAUCACCUGGGGAGCUGGUGGUCGCAUCGCCGAGCUGACCAACGAGAUGGUCGUCCAGGCCCAAACCCUCCUCGGUAUGGAAUCCUGCAUGCACCUUACCUGUACCGAUAUGGGCCUCGAGAAGGUCGACGAAGCUCUGCGAAAAGCUUACAAGGCCGGCUGCACCAACAUCCUCGCCCUCCGUGGCGAUCCGCCGCGAGACAAGGAAAAGUGGGAGGUGACUGAGGGCGGCUUCAACUACGCCAAGGACCUCGUGGAGCACAUCAGGAAUACCUAUGGCAGCCAUUUCGAUAUCGGUGUGGCGGGGUACCCUGAGGGCUGUGAUGACAACAAGGACGAAGAUCUCCUUCUCGAGCACCUCAAGGAGAAGGUUGACAAGGGCGCCGGCUUCAUUGUCACUCAGAUGUUUUACGAUGCCGACAACUUCCUUCGAUGGGUCAAACGCGUUCGCGAAAAGGGAAUCACUAUCCCCAUCCUGCCCGGAAUCAUGCCCAUUGCCACCUAUGCUAGUUUCCUGCGCCGCGCGAACCACAUGGGCUGCAAAAUCCCUCCCGAAUGGAUGGCCGCCAUGGACCCCGUGAAGAACGACGAUCUCGCUGUCCGAGAGGUUGGUAAGAGGCUAGUCGCCGACCUUUGUCGCAAGCUCCUCGCCUCGGGCGAGAUCUACCACUUACACUUCUACACCAUGAACCUCGCGACCGCUACAACUAUGGUGCUGCAAGAUUUGGACUGGCUUCCUUCGGCCGAGCGGCCUCUCAAGCAAGCUUUGCCCUGGAAGCAGUCCCUCGGUCUUGGCCGCCGCCAAGAAGACGUCCGACCUGUCUUCUGGCGCAACAGGAACAAGUCGUACGUCCUACGUACUCAGGAAUGGGACGAGUUCCCCAACGGUCGAUGGGGUGACUCGAGGUCUCCUGCUUUCGGUGAGCUUGACACCUAUGGGAUUCGCUUGCCCGGAACCAGUGAGCAGAACAGGAAGAAGUGGGGGGAGCCGAAAACCGUCCGCGACGUCGCCAACAUCUUCGUCGACUACCUCGAGAACCGCUACGACAGCUUGCCUUGGAGCGAAAGCCCUCUCACGUCCGAGGGUCAGGUUAUCCGCGAUGAGCUGGUCGCUCUCAACAAGCGAGGUCUCAUCACCAUAAACUCUCAGCCUGCCGUGAAUGGUGUCAAGUCUAGCCACCCCAUCCAUGGUUGGGGCCCCGCCAACGGCUACGUUUACCAAAAGUCGUACCUAGAGCUGCUUGUUCACCCGGCUCUUUACCCCGACAUUAUCGACCGUAUCAAGCGACACCCCGACAUCACUUACUACGCGGUGACCAAGGACGGCACGCUCGAGUCCAAUGCGCCCACGGAGGGGCCUAAUGCUGUUACCUGGGGUGUCUUCCCCGGCAAGGAGAUUGUCCAGCCGACCAUUGUCGAGAGCAUCAGCUUCCUCGCAUGGAAGGACGAAGCUUUCCUCAACAACGACUUCCAGCAACCUAAAACCAUUUUCGAGAUCCUCGAGGGUCUUGAGGUGAAGGAUAUGGACGCCCCUGCUAUCCCGCACACCCAUGAAGCUCCCACCAGCGCUCCCGAUGCUCCCGCAAAUGGCCCCUCCGCCAAGGAGCCUGCUCAAGCCAACGGCGCAAACUAA